GAGCAGCGCAGAGGGUCAGAGGGGGUACACGGCUAAAGUAAAGUGACACCUCGUACACUCACACGAGGAGACUGCCCUCCGCUUCAACGUUUUACCGUGAAUUUCAUGAACUAUUAAGGCACUUUGAACGCGAUCUUUCCACGGAGGGUGUGUGGCGCUCCCCGCUCGAGUUUCCUGCCUCUUCAUGUUACUGAGCUGAAGCCACAGGGAGCAGACGAUGGCUGUGUGGAUCCAGGCCCAGCAGCUGCAGGGUGACGCUCUGCACCAGAUGCAGUCUCUCUACGGUCAGCACUUCCCCAUCGAGGUGCGGCACUACCUGUCCCAGUGGAUCGAGGGACAGCUCUGGGAUGCGGUGGACUUGGAAAACCCUCAGGAGGAGUUUAAGGCCAAGAGGCUGUUGGACGGGCUGAUCCAAGAGCUCCAGAACAAAGCCGAGCAUCAGGUCGGAGAGGACGGGUUCCUGCUCAAAAUCAAACUGGGACACUACGCCAAUCAACUCAAGAGCACAUACGAUCGAUGUCCUCUGGAGCUGGUGCGCUGCAUAAAACACAUUCUGUACACGGAGCAGAGGCUGGUGCGAGAGGCCACCAACUCAGCCUCUCCUUUGGGUGCCAUGAUGGACAGCAUGUCACAGAAAUACCAACAGAUCAACCAGGCCUUUGAGGAGCUGCGAAUGUUCACCCAGGAUACAGAAAAUGACCUGCGCAAACUGCAACACAACCAGGAGUACUUCAUAAUCCAGUACCAGGAGAGCCUACGCAUACAAGCCCAACUGUCCAGUCUGGCCACACUGCCCCCUGCUGACCGUCAGCUGCGGGAGCCGGGCCUGCUCAGUAAACGUGCCACUGUGGAUGCGUGGCUCACCAGAGAGGCCAACACACUACAGAAAUACAGACUGGACCUGGCAGAGAAGCACCAGAAGACCCUGCAGCUGUUGAGGAAGCAGCAGACCGUGAUCCUGGACGAUGAGCUGAUCCAGUGGAAGAGACGGCAACAGCUGGCCGGCAACGGGGGUCCUCCAGAGGGGGGUCUGGACAUCCUACAGUCCUGGUGUGAGAAGUUGGCGGAGACUAUUUGGCAGAACAGGCAGCAGAUCCGGAGAGCAGAGCACCUCCGACAGCAGCUGCCCAUCCCCGGCCCCAUCGAAGACCUGCUCAACGAACUUAACAGCACCAUCACAGACAUCAUCUCUACACUGGUCACCAGCACUUUCAUCAUUGAGAAACAGCCUCCGCAGGUGUUGAAGACGCAGACCAAGUUUGCAGCUACGGUUCGCCUCCUGGUGGGCGGGAAGCUCAACGUGCACAUGAACCCCCCUCAGGUCAAAGCCACCAUCAUCAGCGAACAGCAAGCGAAGGCCCUGCUAAAGAACGAGAACACCAGAAAUGAAAGCAGUGGGGAGAUUCUCAACAAUAACUGUGUGAUGGAGUACCACCAGACGACGGGCACGCUCAGUGCCCACUUUAGGAACAUGUCCUUGAAGAGGAUUAAGCGCUCGGAUCGACGGGGGGCGGAGUCAGUGACAGAAGAGAAAUUCACCAUCUUGUUUGAGUCACAAUUCAGCAUUGGCGGAAAUGAACUGGUGUUUCAGGUCAAGACGCUGUCUCUGCCUGUGGUGGUGAUAGUUCACGGUAGCCAAGACAACAACGCCACGGCAACAGUGCUCUGGGACAAUGCCUUUGCCGAGCCGGGCCGUGUACCAUUCCUAGUCCCUGAUAAAGUCCUGUGGCCACAGUUGUGUGAAGCCAUCAACAUCAAGUACAAGUCUGAGGUCCAGUCCAACCGUGGCCUGUCUGAGGAGAACCUCGUCUUUCUGGCCCAAAAAGCCUUCAGCAGCUCCAGCAACAACCCCGAGGACUACCGCAGCAUGACUAUGACCUGGUCCCAGUUCAACAGGGAAAGUUUACCGGGCAGAAACUUCACAUUCUGGCAGUGGUUUGAUGGAGUCAUGGAGCUCACUAAAAAGCAUCUCAAGCCACAUUGGAACGAUGGUGCAAUUUUGGGCUUUGUGAACAAGCAGCAGGCUCAGGACAUGCUCAUGUCCAAACCCAACGGCACCUUUCUGCUGCGCUUCAGUGACUCUGAAAUCGGAGGAAUAACCAUCGCCUGGGUGGCUGAAAACCCCAACAAAGCAGGAGAGAGGAUGGUGUGGAACCUAUUGCCGUACACAACCAAAGACUUCACCAUUCGCUCUCUGGCCGACCGCAUCAGCGACCUCAACCACCUGCUGUUCCUGUACCCAGAUCGCUCCAAAGACGAGGUGUUCUCCAAGUACUACACCCCUCCCCUCUCCAAAGCAGUGGAUGGCUACGUGAAACCACAAAUCAAACAAGUUGUGCCAGACUUCGCCACUGCUAACCCAGACCCAACCGGACUGAACCAGACGUACAUGGACCACGGAGCGUCCCCAGCUCCUGUCAGUCACCAGCACGCCUAUGGAAUCUACCCUCCUAUGAGUGACUCGGUUCUAGACGCAGAUGGAGAUUUCGAUCUGGAUGACACCAUGGAUGUCGCUCGUCAUGUGGAGGAGUUGCUACGGCGACCGGUCGACAGCCAAUGGGGUGGCCAGCAAUCGUGACCUUUGACAUCGUAACCUGCGGCAACCACACCUACCCCAAUCCCCGCAAAACCUGUCCACCCAGCCACCCUCCCAUCCCACACUGUUUGCAAUUGCAAUGUCCAUUUUUAUUUCAGAUAGCUAUAAUGUGAAAUGUUAAUAAUGGUUGUAAUUUUUUUUUGUUUAUUUGACAAUUGGUGGUCAGACCGACGUGGAUAAAACUCAAAGAUACGGCAAUGUUACAGACAAUAACCAUCAAACAUGCAUUUCAACUGGAAAAUUAUGCAACUAUACAAGACAUUUACAAACACGCAUUUCCUCAUUUGUUUUUCACUAGCUUAAAGGUGCACUAUGUAACUUUUCUGAUGGAUGGUCUGCCAACUGCUUGUUACCAUGGAGACUUUCCUUGGCAUUAAACUCGCAUAACUUGUAUUCAGUUACAGUUGGUGUUAUUGCUGAAAAAUACUUGGAAAAACAUGCAUACUUAUUGUGAGUGGGGGUCACCUCUCCAUAGAUCUGAACUGUAACUUAGCCCUUUGGCAUCACCAGCUUGAGAAAUAAGUUUUAUGGAGCAAACCAACAUCUCAAUGGAGACAAGUGGUGGACCUUCCUCCAGAAAAGUUGCAUCUUUAACAAUGAACCCACUGACAUAAACUAACCAGGCUCACACCAGAUUCAUGUGUGGCACUCGGAAUCGAGUCCUCCAUUUAUCUGGAACGGCUCUCGCUGAAAGUCAUCGGAAAACACGGAAAGUCAUGAUGAUUGUUUGAAUCUGAUUGGUUGAAGCAUCACAACAGCAGAACAAGCCGAAAAACCUGACUUUUGUUACAUCCAUCUGAGAAAAAGCACAAACGCGCCCCCGUCACACAUGCACAAAAACACACACACGCCCCUGUCACACAUGCACAAAAACACACACACGCCCCUGUCACACAUGCACAAAAACACACACAUGCCCCUGUCACACAUGCACAAAAACACACACACGCCCCCGUCACACAUGCACAAAAGCACACACACAUGCCCCUGUCACACAUGCACAAAAACACACACACGCCCCUGUCACACAUGCACAAAAACACACACAUGCCCCUGUCACACAUGCACAAAAACACACACAUGCCCCUGUCACACAUGCACAAAAGCACACACACAUAUCCCUGUCACACAUGCACAUGUCACACAUGCACAGCUCUAACUUUCUUCACAAACAUAAUAGUUGAUACUGACGCUAAAAUCGGCUGAAGUUGGCAUGUCGUUGUGUUUGUUUUUGUUCUUCGGCGCGUUCGCCUUUAGCUUCUGCACAAACCACCGUGCUGCUCUGUGAUUGGUCCGAUUAAUCUUACAGCGGGAGCACGCCGAGAUGGAUUCUCAUGAGUUUAUGAAGUCACACAUCACGAGAAUCCAUCUUGCAGUACAAGGUUAGACAUAAACAUGCUUUUGCUCUAACAUAGCCGUUAUGAAGUACUGUUAUUACUCCAUGUACACUAACAAAGAAGUAAAAAUACACAUCUGUGCGUCAUGGAUUUGGGUCAGAAGGAUUACAAUUAUGUCAUUGUAUUUUGAGAAGAAAUUAUAUAAUUUUUUGCUAUUUUUAUAUUUAAUUUAUAUUUGGCUUCACUUUGUGUUUUUACUCUGCCCAGAUAUUUGUACAUGGAGUUGGCUUUGUGGGUGAAGUGUUUUGCUCAGUGACACAAGAGAGUAGGAUCACAGAGGAGCUUUGAACUAUGGCCUCCUGGUUAAUGGGUAACAACCCACUGCACCACGGUCACUCUGCAUACAUUUUUUUACACAUGACUGAUCUUAACGACUAUUAGUAAAAACAAAAUGUGCCUGGCUAUGCAACAACUAGCAACUCAUCGUUCAUUUUCUGACACUUCUUCUCAAAAUACAAGUCUUCAUUCUUGUAAAAUCACUUUGUCCCUGUAUGACACUGGACGCCGCACAUUUUUCUCAUGCAGUAAUUGUUCACCAGCACCACUAGAGGGGGCCGACGCACUGUGUCUCUCUCAUUGGGCUUUUUGUCUGCACAGCUCCGGCAAAACAAGACCACUGCUGCUUUAUUUUUCAAGCCAAGACACAUGGCACAAGUUUUCAGAUUGAUUUAAAGAACAAUAGGUUGCGUUCACAUGUUAUGGCAACUUUUAAAAGAGUUAAAAUUCCAUGGUUUACUUUUAAACUGUGAAAAUAACUGUUUUGACCCAGUUUCUGGUUAAGAUUUCUGUAAAUAUUGGCUCUGUCCACAUGGAACAAAAACUGGCAGUAGGUUCAACAUCUUGAUGAUGAACAGACUCUUAGCCACAAGAUUAAUAUUAUGAAUUUAAGAUUUAGGGUCACAAAACAAUGCCUUUUUUUUUUUUUUUUUUACUUUUGUGCAUUUCCAGUUUAGAUAAAACCUGCAAGGAAUAGCUCACAUUCACUUUUAGGUAUUUGACUGUGUAAUGGGAGAUUCACUGUUUUUGAAGGAAAUAUCAAAACAUACGAUCCACACAUGUUGAACCUUAUUAUUAUUUGCAGUUUCAGAACAUAACGAGGUAAAGUACUGCACUUUAAAAAAAAAAAAAAUGUAGCAGAGUAGAAAG